CAGCCCCGCUUUCCUCACCGGGUGGGACACAAGGACCCCAUUUCAGAGCCUGCAGCGGAUCAGACACAGAUCCAGAGUGAUCCAAGAGCUGCGGGGGGAGGCUGUGGCUGUUCCCAACAUCCACAUCCUGCUGGAGACACGAUGUCUCCAGCCCUUCCCAUUCUCUUCACCAUCCUGCUCCUCUCAGCCGGGGCCUCUGGAGCACCGUGAGUCCCCUCUGUGUCCAUCUGUGCCUCCUGGGGUGGUUUGACCUUGGCUCCUUGGCAAUUCCUGGUGGGAUUCAAUCCCUCCUGUGCUUGCUGGGGUGGUUUGACCUUGGCUCCUGGCAGUUCCUGGUGGGAUUCAAUCCCUCCUAUGUCUGGUAGGAUGGUUGAGCUUCAGCCUUUUGGAAAUUCUUGGUGGGAUUCAAUCCCUCCUGUGCCCUGGUUGCUGCCCAGGGUGUCCCAGCUGCUCAGGCUCUCCUUGCCCAGGAGCACUGAGGACACAGCCCCGGUGGCCCUGGUGGCCCUGGUGGCUCUGGGGAGCUGUUGUGCCCUCACCUGCAGAGCUGAGCUGAGGAGCCCAGGACAGCCCAGAAGCAGAGAGGGUAGGCUGGGGGGGUUCCUGUGCUCCAUGGGGCUUUUCCAGGUCUCCGUGGGGCCGUGCUGGAUGUGCCUCAGCCCCAGGGCUCUUCUGUCCCUUGUCCCUGCCAGGAGUUAUGUGGUGGUGUCCCCGGCCGUGCUGUACCACCCUCACCCUGCCACGCUCUGGGUGCACCUCAGUGACCUCCAGGGGCCUGUCCAGGUCCACGUGCAGCUGCAGGGGGACAGUGGGACCCCUCCCACCACCCUGCUGAGGAGAAAGGUCCUGGAGCCUCAUCUGCACCUGAACGUCACCUUCCCUGCUCCAGCCCCUGCCAAAGGGAAGGAGGAAAUCGUGGCCCUGCACGUCUCCAUCCAAGGAGAUUCCCUGGAUGUCUCCGAGUCGAAGAAGGUGAUGCUGAGAGCUCUGAGACCCGGGAUCUUCAUCCAGACGGACAAGGCUGUCUACAAGCCUGGGCAGGAAGUGAAGUUCCGAGUUGUCUCUUUGGAUAAAGACCUGACCCCCAGCAAGCAGAAGCUGCCCCUGGUGUUCCUGAAGGACCCCAGCGGGAAUCGCAUCGCACAGUGGCGGGAGCUGAGCCCUCGGCAGGGAAUUGUGGAUUUGUCCCUCCCGCUGGCCUCGGAGCCGGCCCUGGGCACCUAUACCAUCAGUGUGGAGGGGAAGAGCCAUUCCUUCAGUGUGGAGGAAUAUGUGCUGCCCAAGUUUGAGGUAACCAUUCAUCUCCCCAGCGUGCUGUGGGAGCAGGACGAGAAGUUCCCGGUGGAGAUUUGCGGGCGCUACACCUAUGGGAAGCCCGUCCAGGGGAAGGUCCAGGCUGACUUGUGCCUCAGCCAGAGGCUCUGGUCUUACCAGAGGCAGGAGACCUGCACCCAGGUUACUGGGCAGACAGAGAAGAACGGCUGCUUUUCCACAGAGGUUUCAUUGGCCGCCUUAAAGGAGAUGGCUUUGGGGUUCAGGAAGGAACUUGAAGUCGAGGCAUCGCUGGUGGAGGAUGGGACAGGGCUGGAGAUGAAGAGCACCAAGAGCUGCAAGGUUUUACGCAGAACAGUCACGGUCACCUUUGAGAACCCCGAUCACGUCUACAAGCGGGGCCUCCCCUACACCGGGAUGAUCCGGCUGCAGGGAGCCGAUGGCUCUGGGCUGCCCCAGAGGCAGGUCCUGCUCUCAGUCAGGAACCAGGGAAAAGAGAGGACACAAAGCUUCCUGACGGACAGCUCAGGGAGAGCCUCCUUCCAGCUGGACCCCUCUGGUUGGAGUGACUUGGUCUCCUUGAGGGCUCAAGUCAGCAGGACAGCUGAGAACCAGGAAGGCUCGGCAAGACUCAGGUCCCAAGGUGCCUUUCUGACAGUCAUGCCCUACUCGUCCAAGAGCGGGAGCUUCCUGCACAUCCGUGACCCAGAGGGGGAGCUGCCCUGCGGCCAUUCCCAGCAGGUCCACGUGGAUUCCAUCUUUGGCAAGGAGGCUUUAGGCAGUGAGCUGGAGAACCUGGAUCUGGUUUUCAUGGUCCUGGCCAAGGGGACCAUUACCAGCAUCUUCAGGAAAGAGGUCACUGCAAAGCCUGGACAGAGAGCCUCCCUCUCCCUGGAGCUGCCCAUCGGGCAUGAGCUGGCACCCAUGGCCAGGCUUCUGGUCUAUGUGGUGCUACCCAACGGCGAGAUGGUGGCUGAUUUCACUGAGCUCUACGUGGCCAAGUGCUUCCCCAACCAGGUGAAGAUGGCGUUUUCCGAGGCCAGGGCCCUGCCUGGGGCAGUGCUCAGGCUGCAGCUGGGGGCUGCCCCGGGCUCCCUGUGUGCUGUCCGAGCUGUGGAUCGCAGCGUGCUGCUUCUGAAGCCUGAGGCUGAGCUCAACGCUGAGGCCGUCUACAAAGCACUGCCUGAAUUCAACUACCCCCGCAGCAUCCAGGAUGAACCAUGUGGCUUUUACUGGCGGGACUCCAAGAUGGAAACCUACAAGUUAUUCCAGGGUGCAACACUGAAGCUCUUCACCAAUGCCAAGACCAGGGAGCACUGCCCACCCAGGCCCCCCAUCGUUGGAAUGCCGGGUCCUGGAGGAGAGUGGGAAGAAUCCCGUGUAGUGGGGGGAAGCAAUAUUUAUCCAGAAAUUAAGACAGUGUACAGCCAAGCCAUCCCAGGCAUCAAGGAUGUGGAAGAGCCCCCAGCACCCAGGAUGUACUUCCCAGAGACGUGGCUAUGGGACCUGGUGCCUGUGGGGGAGGGCGGCUCUGCCGAGGUGACGGUGACAGUGCCCGAUGCCAUCACAGAGUGGGAGGCCGGGAUGUUCUGUAUGGCCCCACAGGGCCUGGGGUUGUCCCCUGCUGUCACCCUCACGGCCUUCCAGCCAUUCUUCGUGGAGCUGGCGCUGCCCUACGCCGUGGUGCGCCACGAGACCUUCACCCUCAGGGCCACCGUCUUCAACUACCUGCGCCAGUGCCUGCGGGUUCAGGUGACGCUGGCAGAGUCGGCGGAGCUGGAGGUGUCACUGAGUGCUGGGGACACCUACAGCAGCUGUGUCUGUGCAGAUGAAGCCAAGACUUUCCAGUGGGGCGUGCGAGCCACCAGCCUGGGGGAGGUGAACAUCACUGUGAGCACUGAAGCCCUCAGCUCCACCGAGCCUUGUGGCAACGAGCUGCCCCUGGUGCCGGCCCAGGGCCGUGUGGACACCGUGAUAAAGCCCCUGCUGGUGCAGCCCGGGGGGAUCCUGGUGGAGAAGACUCACAGCUCCCUGCUCUGUCAGGAAGGUGCUGAAGAAGUGUCCUUGGAGAUUCCUGCAAACAUCCUGGAGAGCUCCCAGAGAGCCCACAUCGCCGUGAUGGGUGACAUCCUGGGCAAUGCCCUGCAGAACCUGGACAGUCUCCUGGCCAUGCCCUACGGCUGUGGGGAGCAGAACAUGGUUUGCUUUGCCCCCAACAUCUACAUCCAGCAGUACCUGGAGAAGACCGGGCAGCUGCUGCCCGACAUCCGCGCCAAGGCACAGGGGUUCCUGCAGAGUGGGUACCAGCGGGAGCUGCUGUACAAACACGACGAUGGCUCCUACAGCGCUUUUGGGAAGAGUGAUUCUGAGGGCAAUACCUGGCUGACAGCGUUUGUCCUCAAGUCCUUCGGGCAGGCCCGAGCCUACGUGGCCAUCGAGGAGCGGCACAUCACCGACGCGCUGCGGUGGCUGCAGCAGCGCCAGAAGAAGAGCGGCUGCUUCCAGAGCAUGGGGAAACUCUUCAACAACGCCCUGCAGGGUGGUGUCUCGGAUGAACUCUCACUCUCGGCGUACGUGACGGCAGCGAUGCUGGAGCUGGGACUGCCCAAGCUGGAGCCAGUGGUGCGCUCAGCCCUCAAGUGCCUGGAGGCUUCUCCCACGGACGACCCCUACACACAAGCCUUGCUCGCCUACGUGUUCGGGCUGGUGGGGCUGCGGGAGCAGCAGCAGGCGCAGCUGCAGCGCCUGGCCCAGCACAGCGUCAGUGCAGAAGGGCUGCUCUACUGGCGGAGGAAGGAGCAAGCUCAGAAGCCCUCGGAACUGUCCUGGGCCGCGGCUGCGCCGGCCGAGGUGGAGAUGACAGCUUAUGUCCUGCUGGCCUACCUGUCCCAGCCCUCAGUGUCUCCUGCUGACCUGGGAACAGCAUCCCAGAUUGUCCGCUGGCUCUGCAAGCAGCAGAACCCCUACGGGGGCUUUGCCUCCACGCAGGACACCGUGGUGGCCCUGCAAGCCCUGGCCAAAUACGCCGCUCUGACCUAUGGCAGCAAUGGGGACAUCACAGUGACAGUGACAUCGCCCUCAGGGACGGUGCAGGACUUUGUGCUGGACAGCAGCAACCGGCUGGUGCUGCAGCAGGCGGCCCUGCCCAAGCUGCCGGGCACCUACGGGCUGCGAGCCCGCGGGCAGGGCUGUGCCCUGGCACAGGUGACCCUGCGCUAUAACGUGCCCCCCCCUCCCAGCACGGGGGCAUUUGAGCUGCGGGUGGAGACAGAGCCGCUGCCGGGCACACCGAACCCGCAGUUCCUGCUCCGCCUCUGGGCACGGUACAGUGGGGAGCGUCCUGCCACCAACAUGGUUGUCAUCGAGGCCAAGCUACCAUCAGGCUACAGCCCGGACAAGAAAUCCAUGGUGGAGCUGAAGAGGCAGAACCUGGUGAAGAAAGUGGAGGUGCAGCCUGACCAGGUGACCAUUUACCUAGACCAGCUGAACAAGAAGGAGGAGACCUUUUCCUUCCGAGCCCAGCAGGACUUCCUGGUGAGCAACCUCCAGCCGGCCACUGUGUCCCUGUACGACUACUAUGAGACAGGUGACCGUGUGGAUGUGGCCUACACCGCACCCCCCAGCUCAGGGGCAGGAGAUGGCCCAGAGACCCUCCCAGCAGCACUGGCCUCCAGCAGGGCCCCUCUGGAUGGAGACACAGCUCCCCGCCAGGAUGUGCAGCCAAGGGGCUCCUGCAGGCCCAAGGACACACAUGGCUUCUGCAGCCGGCCACACGAUGGACGCGGCUGAGCAGCCACAGUGGGGACACAGGCACAGGGACACCCCCGGGCCACCUCCUGCCAACCCUGCACGGGGGCUCUGGGGUGCCAGCUCUGGCCUCUCCCCUCCCCACAGCACCUGAAGGGGACCCAGAGCUCCUCCCUUGUGCCAGAGCUUCCCUGGCAGGUCCCCACCACCCCUCACCCCCCUGGGAUCCACAGUGCCCCCUCCCCAGCACUGACACAAUGCCAGUGUCACCCCAAGGGACUUGGGGACACUGCAAUCCCAGCACAAACCAGUCAGGUGCCUCUUAGAGAGAAGCUAGGGCCUGGGUCUAAAUAAAGCCAUACAGUCAAGCA